CCGCAUCUCAUGAUCCUGCGAGCGUCUCUAGGUGAUUUAGCGCCGCCAGUCUGAAGCAGGUGUUCAACAUGGCGAUCUCGGGACUCGGAACUCACUCUAUUUCACUCUUUUUCUACGUGAUUUUCGCAACGUUUCUGCAUAAAGGAGCCGCUCAGACCAUCUCAGCACAGGGUCAGAACCUGGUGACGAAUAAUGUCUCGGUGGUCGAGGGCGAGACAGCCAUCAUCAGCUGCCAGGUAAAAGACAACGACGACUCCGUCAUCCAACUGCUCAACCCCAACCGACAGACCAUCUACUUCAGAGACGUUAGACCGUUGAAGGACAGUCGGUUUCAGCUGGUUAACUUCUCCGACAACGAGCUGCUGGUGUCGUUGUCCAACGUGUCACUCUCGGAUGAGGGACGGUACGUGUGCCAGCUCUACACGGAUCCUCCGCAAGAAGCCUACGCAGACAUCACUGUGCUGGUUCCACCAGGCAACCCAAUCUUAGAGUCCCGUGAGGAAAUCGUGAGCGAGGGGAACGAGACGGAGAUAACCUGCACCGCCAUGGGCAGCAAACCUGCUUCCACCAUCAAAUGGAUGAAAGGAGACCAACCACUGCAAGGUGAGGCGACUGUCGAGGAGUUAUACGACAGGAUGUUCACUGUCACCAGCCGGCUCAGGCUCACCGUCUCUAAGGAGGACGAUGGAGUGGCCGUCAUCUGCAUCAUUGACCACCCAGCCGUGAAGGACUUCCAGGCCCAGAAAUACCUGGAAGUGCAGUAUAAACCAGAGGUGCAGAUUGUGGUGGAAUUCCCUGAGGGUUUGACCAGAGAAGGAGAAAAUCUCGAGCUGACAUGCAAAGCUAACGGAAAACCGCAGCCUCAUCAAAUUAACUGGCUCAAAGUGGAUGAUGAUUUCCCCUCCCACGCCGUGAUUACUGGCUCUGAUCUCUUCAUCGAAAACCUUAACAAGUCCUACAACGGAACGUACCGCUGUGUGGCAUCUAACUUAGUGGGAGAAGCCUAUGAUGAUUACAUCCUUUAUGUAUAUGAUGUUCUCACCACAACCCCCCCACCCACCACUACCACCAUCAACGCUUUCCAAGAUUCAAGAGCAGAUGGAGCGCCUCAGAAAAUUGAUCACGCCGUCAUCGGCGGCAUUGUCGCGGUGGUUGUGUUCGCCAUGCUUUGUCUCCUGAUUGUUCUCGGACGAUAUUUUGCAAGACACAAAGGUACCUACUUUACCCAUGAAGCCAAAGGAGCGGACGAUGCCGCAGAUGCAGAUACUGCCAUCAUCAACGCAGAGGGGGGACACAACAAUUCGGAUGACAAGAAGGAGUACUACAUUUAACUCUGACUAGACCUGCUAGCUUCCUGUGCUGAACAGCAAACUGUGGACUGCUGGGUUGGGAGGGAGGGGUUGUGGGUUUCAAUCAGGCUGGAUUCGCACCUGUGCAGCUGAAGAGAUGGUGAGGAGAAGGUGCUGCCAUCGAGACGGACGGGGUGUGGGAUGGCAGAGCACUAGGAGAGCUCAAUUUUAGACCGCUUCACCAUCCAACACCUCCCGCUGGGGCCGGUUUUGUUCAGUUUCGACAUUCGCUAAGAAUUUUGUGCCUUGUUCUGUUCUUACUGAAGUUCCCACUUUCAUCAGGACACCCCACAAGCCACUGUCUCUCGAACGGUCUGAACCCACGGUUAUUUUGUUUUCGUUUCAUUUCGGUUUUAAUUGCCAGCGCUCUCUCUUACGCCGCUCUGUCUGCAGGUCUGAAAGAACGCCACACAGAUAAAGUUUCGAUGUAAGAUUCGGUCACAGAACGACCGCUUGGGUUGUUUUCAUGGAUUGGUUCCAAGUAAUUUAUUUGGCAAAUUGCCUGUUGCUCUCCUCAGUCCCUUAGAGAAGAUAGAAACCUCUUUUGUUGUGACCAGCAACAUUCAGCAGCAGUAUUGUGUUGUUGCAUUAUUUAUUAGAUAUACUGUAUCUAAGAUUAAAAUCGGCUUGUGUUGAUAUUAGGGCUGUCAAUUGAACACAUUACUUCAAUAACAUUAUAUAUAUAUACAUAUAAUGGUCAAUAUAUAUAUAUAUAUAUAUAUAUAUAUAUAUAU